ACUUCCCCGAAAUCAAUACGAACCAAAACAUACGAACUACUCACCGCCAUGACUUCUGAAAACCCAACCCUCAAAUCCCCGAGCCUCAAAUCUUCUGUUUACCUGGAGGAUAUGGAAGAGCUUGAAAGAGUAUUCAAUCGAUUCGAUGCGAAUAGUGAUGGAAAGAUCUCAUCAACGGAGCUCGGUAACGUUCUCAAUGCCCUCGGCUCUGAAUCUUCGCCGGAGGAAAUCCAACGUAUGAUGACAGAGAUUGAUACCGAUGGCGAUGGCUAUAUUGAUCUCAAAGAGUUCACCGAUUUUCACCGCGGAGUUUCCAAUGGCGGUGGAGACAACGUUGAUGAGAUGAAAGAGUUGAAAGAUGCUUUCGAUUUGUAUGAUAAGGAUCAGAAUGGGUUGAUAUCGGUGUCAGAGCUUCAUCUGGUGUUGAAGAGUUUAGGGGAGAAGUGUUCCGUUCACGACUGUUCCAAGAUGAUUAGCUCAGUUGAUGCAGACGGUGAUGGCAACGUUAAUUUCGAGGAAUUCAAAUCGAUGAUGACUAAUGGCAAGGCUUCUUCUCAUUAGAUCUCACCUUCUUCUCUUUUUUUGGUUUUGUAAUUUCUAAUACUCGUUAUCGUGAACGAGAUAGUUUGGUUAAAUUUCACUCGAUGGUUGAUAGAAAUCGUGUAAUUUACAACUUCCUGCAAGCAAUCCAUGUGUGUAUUUCUUUUACGUAUCAAAA